GACGUGCUCCAGAGGGUUGCAUCUGACGCUAUUUUGGUUCAACACAGGGGGAUUUUGCCGUUGUAAAUUAAAUGAACAUUUGAGCCAUCAUGUCGAUUAGUAGGCUCAGUGGCAUAUUAGUGUUCGUAAGUUGACCACUGUUUCCUGGACACAAGUUGGACAAACUGCAUUAUCAAGGAGCGAAAGGAUGGUGCGGGUGGUGUUUCUCCACCCAGACCUGGGUAUAGGUGGUGCAGAGAGGCUGGUGGUGGAUGCAGCUGUAGCUCUACGCUCUCGCGGCUGCAGUGUUCAGAUCUGGACGGCCCACCAUGAUCCCACACACUGCUUCUCAGAGACACUGGACCCAGACCUGAACGUGGUGUGUGCGGGUGACUGGUUGCCCACCAGUGUGUUUGGGUACCUGCAUGCCCUGUGUGCCUACCUCAGGAUGAUCUACGUAGCUCUCUACCUGGUCUUCCUCAGUGGAGUAGAGUACGACGUGGUCUUCUGUGAUCAGGUGUCGGUGUGUAUCCCAGUCCUGAGGUUGUCUCGUCAGAGGAAAAAGGUUCUGUUCUACUGUCAUUUCCCAGACCAGCUCCUGACCCAGAGAGGCUCAGCUCUGAAAAAGCUCUACCGCGCCCCCAUAGACAGACUGGAGGAACUCACCACUGGCAUGGCUGAUAUGGUGCUGGUGAAUAGUUGUUUCACCGCAGUGGUCUUUAGGGAGACCUUCCGUUCCCUGGAUGGGGUCCAGACUGACGUCCUCUAUCCCUCCCUCAACACACACAGCUUUGACAGGCCCCCCGAGGAGCAGCUAGAGCAGGGUCUGGGGGGCUUGAUCCCUGAAGGUGUGUCCUGCCUCUUCCUGUCUCUGAACCGCUAUGAGAGGAAGAAGAGCCUGGGUCUGGCCCUGGAGGGCCUCUCUUCCCUGAAGACCCGCCUCGCCACGGGGGACCAGGCAGGACUCCACCUGGUGGUGGCAGGGGGGUACGACGGCCGUGUUGCUGAGAAUGUCCAGCACUACGCUGAGCUGAAGGAGCUAGCAGCACGGCUGGGAUUAGAGGACUCUGUCACCUUCCUGCGCUCUCCCUCAGACAGCCAGAAGGUGGCGCUGUUGCGGGGCAGUGCAUGUGUUCUCUACACGCCCAGCAGAGAGCACUUUGGGAUAGUGCCAGUGGAGGCCAUGUACUGCUGCUGUCCCGUCAUUGCUGUGAGGUCUGGAGGGCCUCUGGAGAGUGUAGGCGACGGGGAGACGGGCUUCCUGUGUGAGCCCACGGCCGAGGCCUUCUCCCUGGCCAUGGAGAAGCUGUUCAGAGACCCCCAGCUCCGCAGGGACAUGGGCCAGGCCGGCAGGAGGCGGGUUCAGGAGAAGUUCUCCCUGGAGGCCUUCUCAGACCAGCUGCACGGGUACAUCCUCAGGCUGACCCAGUGACACCUCUGCUGGAGCAGUAACUGGGCUGGGGUGCGUUAGCGGAGCAGCUUUCGGUAGAAGUCGCCCUUAGACACAUCUAGAUCAGCUUACCUUCUCUCAAUCCCUGCCUAAAUCCUAACCAAAGAAUGGAGAACUGACCUGAGAUCAGCAUCUCAUUGGUGCAUUUCCAUCCUACUGCAACUAUAGCCAGGUAGAGGUGGAUGGGCUAGAUAUGUAGGGAUAAAAUACGGUUACUGGGGACUGGAAGACAGACUGGGGGGGGGGGGGUAAAUGUAGAGGUACGCUGACUGAGGAGGACUCUAGACAAUUAGUCAUUGUUCCUCCAGGAGGGGUUGCUGAGGGAUGGAAUCUCAGCUCCAAUUAACAAAAGAGUAAGGACUUUACCCAUACUGCCCCGGGGCCUCUCGUAACAAUACCAGCACCGGCCCUCGGUUCCAGAACUGUGUGUGUGAGGGGGUGACCAAGGGCUUAAUGAACAAGAGCUACAAAACCACUAGGAUGGAUCUGUAGUGUGAUAGACGUGCUGCUGUGUGUUUGCGCAUGCCACCGAGCGCCAUUAGCCAGUUGGCAGCCACAGAUCGAUAAGCAGGAUGUUUGCCACUUCCUCUGCCCUUUCAGACCUUGGUUACUUUUCACAAUGAGGGAAUGUUUGGCCUGUACAUUGCUGUUGCUGUCGGUCUCUGGGUUAUUAGGAGAUGAUGCUGUGUGUUGGUCAUUAUGUGUGUGUGUGUGGUAUAGAAGGUCAUGUUGUCUGCUGGUCAGUCUGUGUUACUAACCUCUAGAAGAGCUCUUAUUGACAUUCCUCAAGUCUUAAUAAAACAGUCAGAGGACACAUAUCUGGUUUACCAAC